AUGUAUACAAAAAAUCGUUUUGGUGAUAUUGAUUGUUCAUUCGAUAGGCUUCCAGCUAUUUAUGCUUAUCAAUUAGAAAAAUUAGUUUCACUUGAAGAAGCUUUGAAACCAAUUGAAUCACAAAUAGAUCAAUUAUCUUUUUUUAUUAAAACAGCUAAAAAACGUUGUCAUUAUCCAUCUGACCAUAAUUUAACUCGUGAUGAAUCAGCUUCGAUCUAUAUUUACACAAUGGAGUGGGGUGACACUAGUUUAUAUCGUCUUUUAAAUCAGGCAUUAAGAAAUGCAAAUAGACAAGUUGUUAAUAUUUGGUUUCCUUAUUUAAAAUUAUUUGAUUGUGCACUAGAAAAAUUACCAACUUUACAUAAAGUUCUCUGGCGUGGAAUUUCUGCAGAUAUAGGAAAAAAUUUUACUAAAAAUCAACUUGUCACAUGGUGGAGUGUUAAUUCUUGCUCAUUAUCAGUUGAUGUUAUUAAAACAUUUCUUGGAAAUAAUCCAAAAUCAACACUUUUCUUAAUUGAAGCUUUAAAUGGAAAAGAUAUUUCAAAAUAUACAGAAUUUCAAAAUGAAAAUGAAGUUAUUUUAAAAAUGGGAACCGAUUUUCGUGUUGAAUCUAAUGCAUUAGAUCAUCCUAAUGGAUCAUUUGUUGUUCAUUUAAUUGAAAUUGAUCAUGAUGAUGAUGGUUCAUUAGCGACAACAGAAAAUUCAAUAAAAAAAAAAACUAAAUUUCAACAACAAGGGAAAGUUAUUGCAGGUGGAAAUGGACAAGGAAAUAAAUUAAAUCAACUCUCCAAUCCUUUUGGAAUUUUUAUUGACGAAAAUAAAACCAUUUUCAUUGCUGAGUUCAGCAAUCAUCGUAUUCUUAAAUGCGAGUCGAAUGAAAAACAAGGACAAAUCGUUGCAGGUGGAAAUGGAGAAGGAAGGAGAUUAGAUCAAUUGUAUUUACCAACAGAUGUGAUUGUUGAUCAACAAAAUCAUUCAAUCAUCAUUGCUGAUAGUGGGAACCAACGCGUGAUACGAUGGUCCAAAAACCGAAAGCCAGAAAUUCUUAUUCGAAAUAUUUAUUGUUCUGCUUUGGCAAUGGAUAAACAUGGAUUUCUUUAUGUUUCUAAUUCUAUUAUGAGUGAAGUGAGAAAAUGGAAUUUAUAUAACAUUAAUGAAAAUACACAAGGAAUAUUAGUUGCUGGUGGGAAUGGACAAGGUGAUCAAAGAAAUCAACUCAAUGGACCUACUUUCAUCUUUGUCGAUAAUGAUCAAUCGAUUUAUGUUUCAGAUUUAGGAAAUCAUCGUGUGGUAAAAUGGUUAAAAGGUGCAGAAGAAGGAAUUGUCGUAACUGGUGGAAAUGGUGCAGGAAACGAUCUCAAUCAAUUGAAAUAUCCUCAAGGACUAUUUGUGGAUGAAUCGAAUCAAAUCUAUGUAAUAGAUAGUAGCAAUCAUCGAAUAAUGCGAUGGUGUGAAGGUGAUCGAGAAGGAGAAAUUAUUGUUGGUCGAAAUGGUGAAGGAAAUGAAUUAAAUCAAUUGAAAGAUAAUGGAAAUCAUCGAAUUAUCCGAUUUGAUAAAAUUAAAUGA